CUCAUAAGUUGAUGAACGGAAAUUUUUUGCGCCUCUCUGGCCCACUGUGCGCCUGCACUGCUUGCCUCUCCUGGAAAUGUGGACUUCGUUUUGUUCCUAAAAAUAGCCAAGGCGGCUCGGAGAGAGUUCCACAUCGGAGUAAUACAAAAUACAAACCAAACGCGCGAACCUGUGAUCGAAAUCGGAACAGUUUACUGUUAUGUACCCAAUUUAAAAAAAUGACGGGCUCGGGAAGCCUCGCACGGUUUCUGAUCCAGCUGUUCCUGAUCCUGCCCAGGCUGAGAUGCAUCCAACAGCAAAGUGAGAAAGGUCGCGAGAAUCAAGUGUAUAGGUUGGGUGCCAUAUUCGACACGGAGAAUCACCCCAGACUAGAAGCGGCGCUUCAAGAGGCGAUCCGAUCUCUGAAUGAAGACGACGUGGAAGACAUAGAAGACGAAACUGUAGAAUUUGAAGCUGUCGUCCGAUACCUGAAUGGAUCGAAGCCGUUUGAAGCUGUGGACGUCACUUGUGAGCUAUUAGAAGAAGGAGUCGUCGGGAUUUUAGGACCGCUUUCUGAGCAGAAUUCUAACGUGGUGCAGUCUGUAUGCGACUUUAAGGAGAUACCGCAUAUUGAGGUGAGAUGGGACGAUCACAUGACGGACGCAAUAAUAAACGUCCAUCCAUACCCCGACACGUUGACCAAAACAUACUACGACUUGAUCACUUCCUGGGGAUGGCGACAUUUUGUUAUCCUGUACGAAAACGACGAAAGUUUGCAGCGUGUCGGAGAAUUACUUAAACUGUUCGGAGAAGAGACUGUCAUCGUUGUCAGACAGCUUGACCCCCACGGUAUCAGCGACUACAGACCAACAUUCAAAGAAGUCAGAGACUUCGGCGGCACUCAUUUCGUGCUUGACUGUUCUAUCAAAAUCUUGAACGAAGUUCUGGUCCAAGCGCAGCAAGUCGGAUUGAUGACCGACAAACACCACUUCAUCAUCACCAAUUUGGACCUUCACACUCUCGAUUUGGCUCCGUAUCAACAUAGCAAGACCAAUAUCACAGCAAUGCGGUUCGUGGACCCGGAGGACGAGUACCUGAAGCGCACCGUGUGUAACAUGAGGAGCGUCUCAGAAACGGACUGUUCCAGUAUCAGCAAUCCCCUGAUAGGCUUUGAGAUCAGAUUGGAGGAAGCGUUGACGUUUGAUGCCGUGAAAAUGUUCGGCAGUGCUGUCAGGUCUAUCAGACCGAUGGUUAAGCCGGUACCGCUUGAUUGUUAUAACGAUGCUGAUAGAUUUAGAAGCGGGACUACCAUUAUCAAUACUGUGAAGACUAUGGAUUAUCCAGGAAUUACAGGUAACAUUCGAUUCGACAUAAAAGGCGUUAGAUCAGACUUCGCGCUGGACGUGAUGGAGCUAAAAGAAGAUGGACAAUCGGUAGUGGGUACUUGGAGCACCAAAAAGACUCCAGCUUUGAACAUAUCGAGACCUUCUCCGAAGCUGGAUUCAGAAAUGCUGGAUAUUAAGAAUCAGACUUUCAAGGUCAUCAUCACAUUGACGGAACCGUAUGGCAUGAGAGUCGAGUCCCUGGAACCUCUCUACGGUAACGACCAAUACGAAGGUUUUGGUAUUGAUUUGAUCAAGGAACUUUCAGCGAUGAGAGGUUUCAACUAUACCUUUAUAGUCAGGGAAGACAAGAAAAAUGGGGAAUACGAUAACAAGACUGGCAAGUGGACUGGUAUCAUUGGAGAUCUUAUUGAUGGGAGGGCUGACUUGGCAAUAGCGGAUCUUACUAUAACAUUGGAACGUGAAGAAGCGGUGGAUUUCACGAGUCCCUUCAUGAUGCUAGGUAUCAGCAUUCUGUACAAAAAACCGACGAAAGCGCCUCCAAGUUUCUUUUCAUUCGCCGAUCCGUUCGCCUUCGAAGUCUGGCAGUUCCUCGUAAUCGCCUGGAUCGGGGUGUCGCUACUUCUUUUUGUAGUGGGAAGAAUCUCUCCCGGAGAAUGGGAGAACCCGUACCCGUGCAUCAAGGAACCGGAGUACCUGGUGAACCAGCUGGAUCUACGGAACUGUUUUUGGUUCGUCACCGGGUCUAUCAUGCAGCAGGGGUCCGAGAUUGAACUCAAAUCGCCUCCUACAAGAAUGGUCGCUGGGAUGUGGUGGUUUUUCACGUUACUGAUGGUUUCUUCGUACACUGCGAAUCUUGCCGCUUUUCUCACCACCGAGAAUCCAGAUCCGCAUUUCAGUAAUUUCCACGAACUCGUAACGAACGCCGAAACAAAACGGAUCAAGUACGGGGCCAAGAAAGGAGGAGCUACCGUUAAUUUUUUUAGAGAUAAGGCUAAACAGGACGAAAACAGCGAUUUUGCGAAAGCUUGGGCUUUCAUGAAGGCGCACGAAGAUGAAGUCAUAGUGGGCGAGAAUAAACUGGGCGUUGAAAAGGCUAGGAAGGAACAGUACGCGUUUUUCAUGGAGUCCACUUCGAUUGAAUAUGAGGUACAACGCAAGUGCGAGCUUAAUCAAGUUGGAGAAAAGUUGGAUGAGAAAGGUUACGGAGUCGCGAUGAGAAAAAAUUCACCUUACAGAAAUUCGUUGAGCACGGCAAUAUUACAGUUGCAAAAUUCCGGAAAGAUUGUGGAUAUAAAAAGAAAGUGGUGGGAAGAACGUAAAGGCGGCGGACAAUGUUCGGGUGAUCAAGAAUCCGGAGAAGCAACCCACUUAGAACUGAAAGGGGUCGAAGGUGUAUUUUGGGUGACUCUUGGAGGCGCAUUCCUGGCCUUUUUCCUAGCUAUCGCAGAAACCGUUUUGUACGCGGCCAAAAAAUCACAUCGCACCAAAAUACCGUUCCACGAAUGCUUGAAGGACGAGGUGAAGUUCUAUUUCAAGUUCGGCACUAUGGAAAAACAAGUGAUCCCGGAAAGUGCUACAGAGUCGAGUGGAGGCAGGUCUGCAGAUGAAGAUGACAAAGGCGAAAUGCCGUACAAUAACGGCUUCAUGCAACAACAGAUCAGUAUUGACACUUUGCUCAGCACGAACAGUAACAGGACUGCUGUACCUGCGAGCAGAAGAAGUAACAACAGGAGCAAAAGCAAAAGCCAACCUGCUACGGCAUAUUUUAAUAGAGAAAACGUAUGAAACGUCUUUUGCCAAAGCGUUUUUAUAUUUCACUCGAGAAUUGGAAGCGGCCUGCAAAUAAAGAUGUGCUCUUCUAUGCAUGGGAUCAAAUUAUUGGCCGCAUAAAUCCCCUCGGUGGAAGAGUUAAAUAGCAAUACCUAGGAACAUAGAUAUACUGCUGUAAUAUUGUUUUUUAUUCAUCCUGAGUGACAUUUUUCUUUUGUCAUUUCCGAUUCUAUGCAUAUAAAAUACAACUUCUUUACCAUAUUUGUGUUGAUAUUAUUUUUCAUCUCUCUCAUGGUUGUAGAAGGUGCCGCAAUGAUUUUAAAUGAUGACAUCUUUGCCCCAACCUAUUUUCUCGUAUGUAACAGGAUAAUUUUUGAGGUGGUGCAAAAUAACCCGCCUGUAUCGUAUACUUUGCACCACUUUUCAAAAAUCAGUAAAAUAUCUAAUAUAGCUAAUAACAAUAUUUUAUUUGCAUAUAUCGGUGUCCUGAAUUGAUAUGAAUACAUUUAAAACCAUUUUUGAAAAUAAUUUCACAAAAUCCUUGCUUACUAAAUAAUUAUAUCAAAAAAAACUCAACGUGGUGAAAAGUUUUACGGUAUCAGAUUCUGAAAAAAUGCAAAUUUCAAAAUUACGUAUAACUUUUUUGUAUGUAUCUAUUUAUGUAAUACAUGUUAAACAAACACAUUUUAAGCCAUUAUUGUUAUUUCUGCUGCUUUUUUGUAUUAAAAAAAGUGUUAAUAAUUUCACAAAAUCCUUGCUUACUAAAUAAUUAUAUCAAAAAAACUCAACGUGGUGCAAAGUUUUACGGUAUCAGAUUCUGAAAAAAUGCAAAUUUCAAAAUUACGUAUAACUUUUCUGUAUGUAUCUAUUUAUGUAAUACAUGUUAAACAAACACAUUUUAAGCCAUUAUUGUUAUUACUGCU